AUGGCAGAGCAAUACAUGAAAGGAAGGAGCUUCAUUACCUCCAUCAACAUAUGGCCAAUCGAAGUUGCCGAAGCAUUCGGUCCACGUGCAGAAGUUGUCGCCUUCGAUACCUCUGAUCGUUUUACCCCUCCUUCUCCGUGGUUGCCUCCCAAUCUCAGCAUUCGCAUACAUGACAUCACCUUACCAUUCUCCGAGGACUUGUUGGGACAGUUUGAUGUCAUCAACUUUCGUUUGUUUCUUACCCUGCCACCCGAGAAGCUCAACGUCAUGUUGGCUAACGCGAUGGCACUGUUGAAACCCGGUGGAUACAUUCAGUGGACCGAGCACGACAAGACGGAUCUUGAGCCUCUCAGUACCAACUCUAGUCGUUCUUUCGAGGCUGUCAACGCACUCAUUGCGCUGGAAAAGAACCCGUUCCCCAAUUACAACGCCUUUUGGGUCAACGAUAUUGCCCGAGAAUUUACCAAGACUGGACUUGAUGUGAUCACCGAAGAUAGGGUCAAGACGAGGAAAAUCGAUGAGUUCAAAGAGGAGCAUCUGGAUACCUUGACGGAAGACUUUGCACAUGGAGUAACUUCUGUUGAUGGAUUCAUUACUAUCGUGGGCAAGAAACCACUCUAAAUAUGUAAUCUAAUUCCGAAGAAAGUAUCUGUGUACUUGUCACAUUAACCG